AUGGGAUCUACGGCUACAAACGUCAACGAUCAAUUCAACCAGCAAUGGUUCAAUUUGAUGAACCGUUGGGCCGGCCCUGCUAGUACAAGCGAUUUCCAUGCCGUCUUUCCUUGCAGCAAGAGCACCCUCGCCCCAGUCGCUGGUAAUGGUGUUCCCGAAGCUGUUACCAACUAUGCACUCUACCAGAUUGCCGACAAUCUCGUUACAUAUUAUGAUAAGUGGUUUACACCUGGCUCUGUAGGAAGCUAUUUCCAGAGCCAGGGAGCUGAAGCAGCUAUGGCAAUUGGUCAAACUCGAGCAGCAAAUGCUGCAACCAACUAUUUCGAACUCAAAGCUCAAGCUUUGAAAGAAUGGGAAGAAUGUUUGGAUGAGGUGCCUACUGAUUUCAAUACUUUCUUGGUUAGGAACCGCCGAGACGUUCUCCAAGCCCAAUCGGAAAUGUCGGUCACUAGUGCUCACGUCCAGUCACGGUUACCCAUCCUUGAUCCCGAAGACGCAGUUCAAGCUCUUCCAAGGUGUUCCUUUGAGGCUUCAACUCAACCAUUCGAUGUUCAGUACUAUAUCGAGGAACUUCAGAACAAGAGCCUGUAUCAGGCUAAGAUUAACCCUGCCAGCAGUAUUAACCUCCCGUCUUAUACGUUGAGCGACGACUACCCAACUAUUCUGCACACCAUGUAUCAGAACGCUACCAUCCCAAACGCAAACGCCAUAUUGAAGCACAGUUUUACUAUCACUACUGAAAGCAGCUCAUCUCAGGUUUUAACCGGCACUAGCCUUCCUUGGCUAAGAUUCCACAACGGAUUCAGCAAGAACUGGACUGCCAGUACUGUCAACUCAACUGCAGGCCAGAUCACCGUUGACAUUGCCAUCAAGGCCGUGAACAAUAUUGACAUUAGCCCUGGUUUCUGGGACGUCCCUAACUACCAACAACAAUUCCCCCUCGUUGACCCUAGUAUUCCUACCAGCGUUAAAAAUACUUUCAAGCCAGUCGGUAUGCUAAUCGGUUCUGGUCUUGCCAUAACCAUCACUUUCGGUGGCGAAACCAAGAAUGCGUUUAGCCAAGAGUACACCAACGCCAAGCAGAACUAUGGCGGUUUUUCGGUAUUUGGUAUUACCAUCGAAUUUGAAGAAAGCCCUGGUCACAUGCGUACGAAAACUCACAACUCCAGCUAUGACAAUUCAACCGGUGUUCUUACCAUCAGUCCUACGCCUCAACUGGGUACUGCUAUGCUCCUUGCGGUUAUUGGCAGAUUGGAUGUUGGCCGAUACCAACUGAACGUCAAGUCCGGUCUCACCAGCGCGAAGAAACAAUUCGUCAACGGCAAGGUUCUCACUUUCCUUUUGGGCUAUACACUCACAAAUGUUUUCGAGGGCAGCACUCGCAUGUGCGGUACAAAAGCAGACUCUGUCAUUAACGGCAACUUGACCACCAAGCACGUCGAGAUCCGUGACGCUCACGGUAACCGUAUCAUCGACCACAACGAGGAUAUCGGCGAUGUCUGGAACAAGCGAAACGAUUACUUUGGUCUUUACUUCCCCCUGCCAUAUCUCUCUUACUCCAAGCAAUGGACCACCUCUCCCGGUCAAAAGCAUGCUGUUCCUGGUAUAUCCGAUGUCAAGUGUACUAUUCGUCAUUCGACUGCCCACGAUAGCUCUCGCGACUUUGUCGACAAGGAGGUCUGCGUCGUUGGUAGUUCAUCAUCUGAUUUCGACGAUUCCUAUAACUGCGCCCCCCGUGGUAUCGACGUCACUCUUCCUCAGCGAUCUCCUACCUACAUGAUAUCUUUGACUCACUCCGUUCCUCGUGUCAUUGACAACCACGGUCCCGACGCCGAGCAGAAUCGUCCCAGUCUGGGGGAGCAGGAUCAUAUGGGAGUAUCCGAUUAA